GGGUGACAAAUAAACAUUUAUCAAGGGUCUGCUAGGCUGGUAAGACUGAGGCAAAGACAAAAAAUACCCCUGCACUGGAGGAGCUCACCAUCUAAUGGGGAGAAACAACAUGAAAGCAUAAUAAUGGACAAAUUUGAUAUAUUCGGGUUAAAUUGGAGAAAAUGAACAAAAGAGACUAGCAUGAAGGAGGAUCUGGAUUCCUGCCGUGCUAGACCAUUCUCACUUCUUUUGCCUUUGUUCAUGAAGUUCUUAGACCUGGAAGGCCUUCCUUCACCCCAAUUUUCCCAAUAUUUAUUUAUUUAUAGAAGGAUUAUAAGAAUUUAUCUAGAAUCCCCAGAUCAGGAUAAACUGGACAAAAAAUGUUUCCUUGUGAUGCUUACUAGCUGGGUGAUUCUGGGCCAGUAAAUCAUCUCUUGGCUGUCUCCUCAUCUGUAAAAUGAGGCUAAUCAUUGCUAGAGCACCUAUUGCACAGGCUUAUGAAAUAAUACAUUAUCUCAUCUGAGUUUGCUUUGCAGACUGCAAAAUUGGAAUUCCCUCCAUUGAGAUUCGGUCCACUUUCUUUUCCAAAUGUAAAAACUGCUGUCUAAAUGAGGUUUUCUAAGGGGUUUAUGACCAUAGUUACCACCUCAGGCAUAAUGAAAUGAGCCUUUCUAGCUGCCACAGUCUUCUAAGUGAUAUGCCACAUCCCAGGCAGCCACAAAUGUCUGCUUGUGUCAGCAGUGGCUUCUAGGACUUCUAUCACUCUGAAAUAAAGUGAAAGAAUACGCAGAAACAUAAUAUAGCAUUAAUCUUCACAACAACCCUGGGAGGCAGUUUCUACUGUUUAUUCCCAUUUCAGAGUUGAAGAAAUUGAGGCAGAGGUGAACCACCCAAGGUCACUUGACAGGGAACACAGGCAUUAAGUGUCCGAGGCAGCAUUUGAACUCCGGCUCUAUCCCUAGCACCCCCUAGCUGCCUCCGAUCUAAUGGGGCUAUGGGGGAGGGAGAAGUAAAUGCUCAUGUGUAAUAGGGUGUGUACAAUUGUGUUUUGGCUCUCACCACAACCCUAUGAAGCAGGUACAGUGGCAGGGAGUUUACAAGUGAAGAAAACAAGGCACCAGAGAGCGAUUUGCUCUAGGGUCACCAAGCCAAGAAGUUACAGAAGCAGAAUUCGAACCCAAGUCUGAAUCCAACGCCUUUUUUCUAUUUCUAUUCACUAUCCCACAGCUACUAAGGGGACCUAGUUCUCUAUGCGCUGGAAUGACUUGGAGAAGGAACUAAACCUGGAAAGAUAGCUGGGAUUUCUGCAAGCUGAGAGUGGGGGAGGGUAGCGUGCGGAAGCCUCGCUUCCUCUAGGAAGUCCGCUUGGAUUUGGCAAAGAAGCCACAAUUACCGCCGCCCCCGCCGCCGCCACCACCACCACCGCAGUGGGAAAGGCCACCCCCUGCUGCUCGGCUCGCAGGGUUAGAGAGGACCAUCCGGAACCUCCCGAGCGGACCCGGAAACACCCGAGCGUAUCCGGAAACACCCGAGCGGACCCGGAAGGGCCGACGGGCUGCAGCCUGGGAGUGCGAAACCAGGGUUUGAGCUCUGGCAAUGGCGGCGGCGGCGGCGGCAACGGCAACUGCGGGCGACGACGGGCAGCGGCAGCCACUGACUGAACCAACCCCAACAAUGAGGGGUAAUAGUUUGGAGGCAGAGGCUGGAGAGCUGGGAAGGCUGAAAGCUCAGCUCGGGGCAGCCCUGGCAGAGAUGGAGAACAUGAAGGCAGUGGCAGAGGUGAGUGAGAGCACCAAGGCUGAGGCUGUGGCUGAGGUGCAGAGACAAUGCCGGGAGGAGGUAGCAUCCCUGCAGACCAUCCUCAAAGACUCCAUUAGUAGCUAUGAGGCUCGAAUUUCUUCUCUGGAGCAAGAACGGAAACAGCAGCAGCAAGACCAAGAGGCGAGGGAGAGGGAGCUGGCACGGCUGAAGCAGCUUCUCUCUCGUUCUCACCCUCUGGACUCCUUGGAGAAACAGAUGGAAAAGGCUCAUGAGGAUUCGGAGAAACUUCGGGAAAUCGUGCUGCCCAUGGAGCAGGAGAUUGCAGAAUUGAAGGGGAAACUCCUCAGGGCCGAAGAGCUAAUCCAGGAAAUCCAGGGAGGCCAGGGUCAUCCCCAUCCCCAGCAUUCCUUACACGGCUCCACAGAGCUGCUGCCUCUGCCCCGGAACCCGUCCCCUCCCCUGGAGCCCCCAGAAGACCUGAGUGUGGAUGGGGGUGCGGCGGCUGAGGUCUUCGCCCGGAAUUGUGAUGACAGCGCCUCCAUCUCUUCCUUCUCCCUGGGAGGAGCUGGCAACAGUGCCUCCCUGCCCCGAGGACGCCGGGGGAUGAGCCCUGAGCAGGAGGAGACGGCCUCCCUCAUCUCUACGGGGACCCUGGUUCCUGAAGGCAUCUACCUACCUCCCCCGGGCUACCAGCUUGUGCCAGAACACCAGUGGGAGCAGCUACAGCUCGAGGGACGGCAGCAGCAAGAGUCUUUGCAGCAGCUUCAGAGGCAGCUGGACAGUGCGGGUCAAGAGCGGGAUGAGCUCCAGGAGGCCCUGAAGCGGAGCAGCGAAGACUGCGCCAAGCAGGUUCAGGUACUGCUGGCUCAGGUGCAAAACUCAGAGAAGCUUCUGCAGACCCUGCAGGGGACUGUGAGCCAGGCUCAGGAGAGGGCUCAGCAGCAAAUGGCAGAACUGGCUGCCUCUCACAAGCGUGUCUGCUAUGAAAUAAAGCGGCUAAAUGAGGAGAACCAAGGACUUCGGUGUCAGCAACCCUUGCCUGUGGGUUCCCGAGUUCAGGAGCAAGAGCAGGUUGAAGAGCAGGAGCUACCCACGUCUCCCCUGGAGCUCCAGCAGUUGAUACGGAGCACUCGGCAAGAAGCCCGGGAAUGCCGGCGGGCCCAGGAGCACGAGGCUGAGCGACUGCGCAUCGAGAUUGUGACCCUGAGGGAGGCCUUGGAGGAGGAGACGACCUCCAGGGCAAGCCUAGAGAGGGAGCGGAGGCUCCAUCGAGAGGAGACAGAGGUUUUGGAGGCCUCCCUGUGUAGCCUAAGGACCGAGAUGGAACGGAUCCAGCAGGAGCGGAGCAAGGCAGAGCAGCAGCUUCAGGCAUCCCAGAGGCAGCCGCCGGGCCCAGCUGUCGGUUGGACUGAGGAGAAGGCUCAGCUCACAAGCCUUCUCUCAGAACAAAGGGCAAAAGUGUUUCGGCUUCAGGCUGAGCUGGAGACGAGCGAGCAAGUGCAGAGGGACUUUGUUCGGCUGUCCCAGGCCCUGCAGGUACGCCUGGAGAGGAUCCGCCAGGCAGAGACCCUGGACCAGGUGCGCAACAUUGUGGAUGAGACGCCCCUCAGAGAUGUGAAGGACAUAAAGGACACCUGAAGACGGCGGGAGGCCAGGGAUCAAAACUCGCCAUCUCCCCUCCCUCCCACGCAUCUCGGGGGAAAGAACCUGCUUUCUUAGACUCCAAUAACAGCAAGGAUUUCUGGGAUUUAGGGAUAAUGAAACAUAGCCUUCUACUCCCUCCGGAAAACUGAGUCCCUUUCUCCUGGGCCAGUCGCGGAGGGGCUCGACCCCAUCUAGCCUGGGUCCCCACCCUCAUGGGGGAAACUGGGCCUUUCUACUCUCAGGGAAGACAACAGAGGGGGUCGGGACUUCUCCUCCCCCAGCCAAAGGCAAAAGAGCAUGUCUUGAAGCUCUUCCUAAGGCCCCAAACCCACCCUGCCUUUCAGCUCCUGACACUAAUCCUGCUUUUGACCCCUUGGGCCCAUGGGCCCACCCACCCCCACUUUUGUUCUUGCACCCUCCCUCCCUCCUCAGGAGGGCCUUGGGCGGCCCAGUGACACCUCAGAACACACCCAGCCAUCCGCCAUCGCUGCCUUCACAUGUGCGGACACCCACGGGCUGUCCUAGAGAUCACCCAGGACUCCACCAGACUUGUUUUUGUUCUCACACACAGAGGUCUAGGCCAGAGUUUGCUCUCCUUUAAUGUCAAUAAAUUAGCAGCUCAAAGGGUCGCCUUGUCCCUACAGCCCCUGCAGCGGGGCCAGUGGGUGGGAGAAAGGAGGGAGGGAGACAGGGCGGGAAGAGGGAUAGAGGGAGACAGAGUAGGAGUUGUGUUUUA